AUGGCAACUACCGAAUCCGAUGAUGAUUCCUCCAAUGAGUGGUCUCAAUUAGCCCAAACGUAUCAAGAUCUAUUUGUACCACGUCUUCAACCACUUUAUGAUACCAUGGCACAUUAUGCUGUCAAGAAAAUUCAGUCGAACGAUACAAAAGGUGAAUAUCAACUUUUGGAUUAUGGAACAGGUCCUGGCGAGCCAAUUCUGACUAUUUUACAACAGCUUACAACAAAUCAUUUGUACAAUGUUAAGUUACAAGCAACUGAUUCUUCUCGGGGAAUGUUAUCUUUAGCAGAAGAACGUUUACGUAAAUUGAAAAAUCCAUAUUUGACCGUAAACUUUUCCAUAACCCAUGAUUCAUCGAAUACAAACGAUUAUGACAUUAUUACAACCUCUCUUGUACUUCCCUAUGCAUCAAAUCAAGGUCAAAUGUUACGAGACAUCUUUCAACAAUUAAAACCGAAUGGACUACUAAUCAGUUCUCAUUGGCCUCAUCCCGAACAAGUUCCAUUUCUUGCAAUCAUAAAACGAAUUAUUAAGUUCAUGGCUACAGGUGAAAGAAUUGAUAAAUCAGAUCUGGAAUCGAACGUAUCAUUUUGUUGCUGGCCAGAAGAAAUAACAAGAAGUAUAUUUGUCACAGAAGGCUAUACAAUAGAACAAUGGAUUACUGUUGAUCUUCCAAUGCCUUUUCCUGAUAUUCGUACUCUACUUAGCCUUGCUCGACCAUUCAAAUGGUUUAGAGAUUCGUCUUUGUAUUUAGAAGCUGAAGAAGAGACAAAGCGCAUUUUACGUGAAGAUUUUCACUUGGAACUUCAAUCGAAUGAAUCAUUUGAACUACCAAGUAAAGCAGUCGUAGUAGUAGCUUCUAAAUAA